AUGAAGAUAUUGCAAGUCAAAUUUCCAAGGAUAUCCAUAGACAUAAGGAAACUUAUUUUUUUGUUUCAGGUAGUUGUAUACAGCAAGACGUACUGCCCUUACAGCAAGAAGCUGAAAAGAAUGCUUGGUCAAUAUAAAAUCAAUGAUCUAAAAAUUAUCGAGCUGGACAAGCAGAAGGAAAUGAAAGCGAUGCAGGCAGUCCUUAAACGGAUGACGGGUAAAUCUACAGUGCCUCAACUCUUCAUUGGUGGAGAAUUUAUUGGAGGUCAUGAUGAAACUCGACAGAUUGAAGAUAAAGGGGGAUUACGAAAACUUCUUGAGAAAGCCCAUGCGCUGUGA